UGUCAUUGUCACCGAUGGAGAACGUCACUCGCCUGUUAAACCAGCUGCUGACAAAUUAUCACAAAGAGGUUCGCCCUGGAUUUGGAGGUGAUCCACUCCGAAUCGAGACGGACAUCCUGGUCAGAAGUAUGGGUCCAGUGUUGGAAACAGAAAUGUCGUACUCUAUGCAGUGUUAUCUACGACAAAGAUGGCAUGACGAAAGACUUAAAUUCAACUUGGAGAAUAUCACCAAGGUUACCCUCAGCACAGCCUUCCUCAAGUACAUCUGGAAGCCUAACACUUAUUUCCUGAAUGGAAGACGUUCUACUCAACAUAAUAUAACUACGCCGAAUGUAUUCGUACGCAUCAGCGCGGAUGGAUCUAUCUACAUGUCACGACGGAUAACAAUUCGAGCGAGCUGUCCUAUGAAGUUGAUGAACUACCCCAUGGACCGCCCUGUGUGUCCUCUAAUAAUUGGCGGAUACGGCUACACGACGAAGGACGUGUUGUACAUAUGGAAGGUCGGAAGUGCCCCCUCACCCGUUGAGGUCUACAACGAUCUGACAAUGUCACAGUUUGACAUGGACUUCAUUCAGUCAAUGAACUUCACAGAAAGUAACCACAUGGGCGAAUUUUCAAUUUUGGCUGUUGACUUUCACUUGGAGCGGCACCUGGGCUUUUUUAUUCUGCAAACUUACCUCCCUUGCACGUUGAUAGUGUGUCUGUCUUGGGUUUCGUUCUGGAUCAACAGAGACGCUGCCCCGGCCAGGGUUUUACUUGGAAUGACGACAAUCCUAUCGACGGCAGCUAUUGGCAUGUUGCAGCGUGACGGACUUCCGCGCGUGCCGUAUGCUACCGCCCUGGAUGUGUACCUGUACGUGUGUUUAGUGUACAAUCUUGCCGCCAUGAUCCAGUACGCAGCCGUCAACUCCUUCACCAAAAUCAUUGUGAGCUCGAAGCCUCGCGAGGAGAGAAAGGAAGAAGAAACACAGAAUAUGAUGACGACACCACAUCGGUUGAUCCUUCCUGAUCACCAAGGAAACGGACGCGUGACAACAAGUAUCUUUAGCUACCAGAAUAAAACUCACCAUCAUUGCCCGGUGAAUUUCUGGCGUUGCAUUGUGGGAUCGUACCGCGCCCAAAAGUCUGGACGUUCUGAUCUUAACAGUGUCAGUAAAAUAGAUCUGACGUCACGUCUUGUUUUCCCGGGAUCUUUCGGACUCUUCCACAUAUUCUACUGGUCGUGGUAUUUAGGGACAAGGCUCUGAAUACAAAGGCUUACCAUCAACACUAUUCGAUUAAUGCUAUUUAAUUAAACACAUGCAAAACAAAACUUCAUUAUAAUGAAUUCAAAAGGCUAUGAGCGAAAAUAUUCAUUAAAACCAACGAGGACAAGUCCAGUUGAUGAUGACAAGGUACUUUGGAUAACACAGACGUUUGUUACCGAGUCAAUGGAUUGUAUAACACAUGUCUUACUCUAGCACAUCAUUUAAAGACAAUAGUUAUAAAGUAUGUAUAACAUUUCUUUGAUGUAGUUUUCAAGUAAGUGCAAAAACAAGCUUUUGUGAUAUUAGCGUACUGCAAUGUAGUUAGCCGAAUUUUAGAAACCGGAUGUUUACAUUACAGUUUUGCCUCCGGUUAUAAGAUACUACUUGUAUUGCUGUAUAUAACGAUGUGUUAAUGUAUUUACUUACUUGCAUAUCUUACCCGUGUUUGAACGGAACAGAGUAUACCUGAUGUAUCUCGCUAAAUGUCGGAAGACCUUCCCUUCUGGAUCGGAGGUCUUUAUCCAUUGUCUCUUAGACAUUGAGGAAAUCGAGAAUGAGGUUGUAUGUUGACCGUAGGGAGCGACUAGUGAAAACAUUGGUCUGCUGUUUACAGACAUUGAGAGUCAAUCACAGAUCUCAACACUUCGGAUCUUCAUCUAAUGCUUCUUUUCCUGUCUGAUCCUUUCCCCAGUCUAUGUCUCCUGGCCACACGUUCCCUGGCCACACGUUUCCAUAUGACUCUGGACGUUUCUUCGUGUGUCGUGAUUUGUCCAGUCUGUGUCUCCAAGCCACACGUUUCCAUUUUACCUUGGAUGUUGCGAAUAGUUUGAAUGCCGUAAAAUACAAUGUACACUUCUGUAUCGAUUAGUGGUACUGACUUUUUAUAUAUUUGUAAUUCUUUUGUUAUAAGGCCUUUUGUUGAUAUCAGAUCUUGAUUUGAAAUAUAAUAUUCCGAAAUUGCCAACACAUUGAUAUGUCUAGUUAUUGAGCCGGAAAUGUAUUGUACAUAGUAUA